AUGAGCUCAAAUAAACAUGAACGGUCAAAUAGCAUCGAGAGCAGUUAUUCGAAUGAAACGUUGGCCCAGAAUGUGGAAGCAGGGUAUUCUCCCAAGAAAGAAAUCUCUAAUGAUCAAUCGCUACCCCAUUUAGAUACAGAAACCAUAGGCUCAUUUGAAGAUAUUCAUAAUGAUGACAAACAAGAAUUCUCACCAAUAGCUUACACCAUAAACAGCAGCUUUCGGACAGAUCAUAGUUCCCCCAACCGAAAGACUAUCAAUAACCAUCGAACCAUUUACAUGGAGCGAACUCCAAUCAUCACCCCGGGGGUGAUGUCGAUACCGGCGUUUGCUCCCAAUAAGAAGUAUCAGAUUACUACAAGCCGUCUGCUGGAAAUGAUGUCCCCAUUCAAUAAUGUUAAUCUCACCUCACCAGUGGAAACCAGUACCCCUGAGCAUCUAAGUCGAUGCUUGAAAGCUCAUAAUAUUGCAGCGAUCACAUUAUGUUCGGUAUUCGGGACAGGGUUAUUAAUCAAUACUGCCACGACAUUGGCGGAAUGUGGGCCAUUCCCAUUACUCAUAGCAUUUUCAGUCAUGCUGUUGUUAAGUUAUCAAGUGGUCAGUGCUUUAUGCGAGUUGUGUACUUACAUCCCUUUACCCAAUGCCUACUCUGGCUACACCGAAAGAUUCGUCGAUCCGGCUUUAGGAUACGCGCUUGGAUACUUUUACUUAUUUCAAUACUUGAUUAUUGGACCAAACCAAAUAUUUGCUGGAGCGUUAACGGUCCAGUAUUGGAUACCGAUAAAUAAAGUGAAUCCUGCAGUAUGGAUAACAAUAUUCAUUGUGGUGUUGACACUAUUGAAUUAUAUUGACGUGGGGAAAAUCGCCAUGACCGCCGAUUUGUUCGUUUUAGCCAAAAUGAUCGCGUACUUCUUCAUGAUCACUUUACUUUUGGUGAUCAUUUGUGGUGUCAAUAGCAAAAACGACGUGAUUGGUUUCAAGUACUGGAAAAAUCCUGGGGCGGUCAAUCAAUCAUACUAUCCUAAGAUCUCCAACAGUGGCAAUGGCAUCGUGGCAAUCAUUUCCGCGAUCACCGGGAGUAUUUUCCCAUUUGUUGGUAUCGAAAGUUUUUGCGUCACCGUCAGCGAAGCUCGUUAUCCACGGAAAACCAUUCCAAAAGCUAAAAGACUUCUCUAUAUCUCUUUGUCGGCGUUUUAUAUCGUGAUUGCAUUUUUGAUCGGGUUGGCAGUGGCCUAUAACGAUGCAAACUUCCCUCGGGUUAUUGCCAACCAAGACAAAACCACUGCUGCGUCGUCGCCGGUAAUUUUGGCGGUGCAAAAUGCCGGACUCAAGAUCAUCCCCUCGGUGUUGAACGGGGUGAUUUUCAUUUUCGUGUUAUCGGCUGCCAAUAGCAGUUUCUAUAUCAGUACCAGGAUUCUUUAUGGAUUAUCAGCCUCUGGUUUGGCUCCGGUGGUUUUCAGCAAAACUACCAGUCGUGGGAUCCCGGUAUAUUCCAUUGGAUUGAUUGUCGGCUUCAAUUUCCUUGCUUAUCUUGGGGUGUCGGAGCCCACAAGGAAAUUGUUCGAAUUAUUUAGUAAUUCAGUGUGUGGAUUCACCAUGAUUUUAUGGAUGUGUAUCUUGUUGACCCAUAUUUGUUUUUUAAGGGCAAUGAAAGUCCAGAAUGUCCAAACAAAUCGAACCACUUAUAAGGCCCGGGGAGGAAUAAUUCCCUCGUUCAUUGCCUUGGCAUGCUGUGGGUUUUUAAUCAUGUUCAGAGAGUUUCAAGUAUUUCUCGACUUGAAGAAUUUUGACGUCGACACGUUUAUUACCGGGUAUAUUUGUGUCCCGGUGUUUUUGGUUAUCUUUGUGUCGUUCAAGUUUUAUUAUAAAACAAAGUUCAUCAAAGCAGAAGAUGCGGAUUUGUUCUUCUAUAAAGAUUGUGUUGAUAGGUCUGAAGAGCAGUACAUCAAUGAAGAGGUCAACAUGUACAGCUUGAGGGAGAAGACAUUUUUCUUGAAGAGAUGGUACUAUAAACUCUUGGUGUGA